AAAUAGAACCACUUUGCAGGCAUCACAAAUCUCUAAAGCUUCAUUCGAAAUCUUUAUAACCGCACCUCUCACACGACAGCUGCACCACCUGCAAUUCCCAAGGUUACCACAGCUAAGUAACUACCUCACCACCACCAUCUACCUGUAAUCAGCCCUUAGCCUCGUCAACUAUACCCAAUCUAUCCAUCCAAUUGCCCCCCUCGAAACCGUCAAAAUGGAUAUCCGCCUCCUCCGGCCGUCGGACAUCCCAUUAAUCCAGCACGCCAACCUCGAGAACCUGCCCGAGAACUACUUUAUGAAAUACUACCUUUACCACGCGCUAUCAUGGCCACAGCUAUCCUUCGUCGCCGUCGACGUCUCGCGCCCUAAGAAGACCCCCUAUGACUACCCCAAGAUCGUAGGUUACGUCCUGGCUAAGAUGGAGGAGGAGCCUGCCGACGGCGUCCAGCACGGCCACAUCACCAGUCUUUCCGUCAUGCGGACGCAUCGUCGGUUGGGCAUUGCUGAGAAGCUGAUGCGACAGAGUCAACUGGCAAUGGUAGAAACCUUCGGCGCGCAAUACGUCUCCCUCCACGUCCGCGUCUCCAACAAAGCCGCCAUCCACCUGUACUCCAAGACGCUGGGCUUCGAUCGCGAGAAGACGGAAGCCAAGUAUUACGCUGACGGGGAGGACGCGUUCGGCAUGAAGCUGGACCUGUCUACAAUCCGGCAGCAAAUCCAGGAAGCCGCGCUCGAGGAGUCGUCCUCCGAAGCCGAAGACGAGGGUGAGCCCGUGGGCGACGUGGGAAAAGCGGGCGAUGAGGGCAAGAAGGGAGGAGAGAAAGAUUUGGCUGUCCGCAGUAAGGGCACCAAACGCAAGGUCAAGGUGGGCCGGCCCCUGGGCGUUCAGGCUUUGGUGGAGAAGGACGAGAGUAAGCAUUCUUAGAGGAAGUGCUUGCACGAGGAAACCCGUCGGGCUUUGGAAGAGGCGAGGGCGUCGCGGGAAAGGGGAAGGGGAAGGGAGAAUAGAAGGGCGUGGUUGAUUGAUUGAUUGAUUGGUUGAGGGAAUACCCAUAUGAGGUGUACUACUACUGGACAUUGGUAGGUUGGUAAAGGCAUUGUGCCGUUUUUAUCCUGGACUCGAUCGAGUGCGAAAAUACACUGGGGUUUCUGAAGAUCAGGAAACCAGAACGAUAGUCGGUAUUCAUGAGAAGCUCAAAUGGAGACCACGCCGUCUUGACCAAGCAUGAAACCCCGAAACCAAAGACCUCAAUUAGAAACCACGUUGGCAUUAUUCAACACGGAAAAUUAUGGUACAUCAAAUUUGGACUCAAGUUCCGCCAGGAAAGCAACAUCAUAUUCAUGACA